UCGAAUUAUGACCCUGAAAAUCACUCCAUAUUUUCUCCAUACUUAGUUCCUUUUCGUUCUGGAAAUAGCUUUCAUACUCCCGUAAAUUUUGUUCGUUCAAAUACUGAGACUAUCACUGAUCAGAUUAACAACACUAGAAUUCAACAUACUGCCUUUUAUACAGAAACUGGUUUGGUUCGUCCUGUCAAUCUCACUAACAAUAGAUCAUUUAUUCACCAUCAAACUAACUAUGCUCCAAUUACGGCUGGUGAAAAUCAGCAAAUAACAAAUCCAUCUCGAUCUGGAAUUCUUGAUGAACGAAAAUUCAGUUAUCGUUGUACAAAUUUUGAAAAUCUGUCAACUAAUGAUGAACGUAAUCGUACCCGUUUAAACGGGAAUGAUCAAAGAAUUGAUAUUUAUCCAAAGCCAUCUUUACCUGAGCAAUCCAUAUUCAUUCAUAAUAAAGAAAUAAGAAAAAAGUCUCCAUCAAGAAAGGCUCGUUCGUCUUCGGAUCCUCCUCUAAAAAGUAUCCGACAUUCUCGCUCUGAUAUUAAUCUUUCAUACGACAGUCGAUCAAGUACCAUCCAACAUCCCUCUCCAGUUAGAUCCUUAACAAUGGUAAAAAGUAAUCAAAAAUUAGAACAAUUAAAUAUCAAUACUUCUCAAACUACUUGGGAUCCUAUUCAUGACAAGAGCGUUUCUUGUGAUUAUCAAUUCGAUAAUCAAUUCGAUAAGGAUUUAAAUUCUCCAAAAUUCAAUUUAAAUUCCAGUACAAAUUCUAAUUCUCCAACUUUAAAUGAUUCAAGUCAAGGCUCAAUGCAAGAUCCUCAAAAUUUUUUACCUCAUAAAUCUAAUUAUUCAAGAUAUUCUGAUCUUAAACCUCAUACCGAUUUUUUGACUUUUAGUACUUCUGAAAACAAUUCUUAUGAUCAUAUUUCAAAUUAUUCUACCACCAACGGUUUCGAUAAUCGUUCAAACAGAGGUGAACCUGAUCAUAAUAUUGAUAAUGAUGUUUCAAGACAACAACAAAAUCGUCUUACUUUAUUAACUCCUAUAAAAAAAAAGAAAUUUGGUAUAUUUAAAAGAUCUAAAAAAUCUUUACCCGCUUACUUAAAAGCUAUUAAUGCCUUAGAAGAAAUGCAAUUCAAUGAAGCUAUAAAUUUAUUUACUCUGGUUUUGGAGAAAUAUCCUCAAAGUUAUUCCGUUAGAUGUGAUCGUGCUUAUGCUUCAUAUCAAAUUGAAGAUUGGGAUAGAGCAAUGGAUGAUUUAAAUCAUGCUAUCGCAAAAAAACCAAAGAAAUCUCGUGCUUAUUCACUUAGAGGUGAAAAUAUUUUAACAUUAGAACGAAGGGGUAAUGUUUAUAUCGCUUUGGGAAAAGAUAGUGAUGCAAUGGAUGAUUUUGAAAGGAUCUUACAAUUUAAUUCUCAGCAUUUUUCGGCUCAUAAAAACAUUGCUACUCUUUUACUUAAAUCUAAACUUUAUGAAAAAGCUCUUAAACAUUUAGAUCUUGCUUUACAAUUAAAAUCUGAUGAUUUAUUUUUAUUAAAAACUAGAGGUACUAUUUAUCAAAGAAUUGGACGUUAUAAUGAUGCCAUAAAUGAUUAUAGUUUUGCUCUAUGCAUUUAUCCUAAUAGUGUGGAUUUAUUUAAAA